CCACCGCGUUUUAAGGCGGAUUUGUCGAAGCGGCUAUGGCAGAUUCCGAGUGACGAAGCUGAAGCAGAAGCUGAAGGUUAAGGUUGAAGUCAAAGAGGAAGUUGAGGUGACUUUUCAUCUUCAAGCUUAUCGACUCAGCCCAUGGAGAAUCUCUUGGGGCUUCUCAGAGUCAGGGUGAAGAGAGGUAUCAAUCUCGCCGUUCGCGAUGUCCGCAGCAGCGAUCCCUACAUUGUCAUCAAGAUGGCUAAACAGAAAUUGAAGACUCGGGUAAUAAAAAAGAAUGUCAAUCCAGAAUGGAAUGAGGACUUGACGCUCUCUAUUUCAGAUCCUAAUGUUCCAAUUCUUCUGACUGUCUACGACCAUGACACAUUCAGCAUGGAUGACAAGAUGGGCGAUGCAGAGAUUGACAUUCGGCCAUUCAUAGAAGCUGUGAAAAUGAAACUGGACAGCCUUCCAAACGGCACGAUCAUCACCAAAACACAACCUUCGAGAACCAACUGCUUCUCGGAAGAGAGCUGCGUAGUCUGGAAAGAUGGGAGGGUAGUGCAGAACAUGUUCCUGAGGCUGAGAAAUGUGGAGUGUGGCGAAGUUGAAAUCGAGCUGCAAUGGGUCAACGUCCCGGGCUCGAGAGGUUUGUGAACUAAAUUCCAACUUGUUGCUUGUGUGGGUGUAUUUAUCUUCAUCUUGCAAUUGUUUAUUUACUAUAUGUGAAUCUUUAGUUGCUCGUGAUAUAUAUAACUUGCUUUCAAGUGUUUAUGUAUAUUUAUUUGGAUUUCCAUUUACAUUUUUACUUGCUUUUGUUGUAGAUGUGUAUGAAGAAUCUUUUAUUCAAAUUUGAUGAAAGAUUGUCAUUUCUUAUGAA